GCAGACAGAGCCCCGUGUGCGGUUAGCUCGGAGCUAAAGCUAAAAACACUUUGUUAAAAUGUCCAAAGGCCAAACGCUGAGAGCUUUGGUGAAUGAGCGGCUGACUGCGGCUGCUGAAGAGAUCUUUGCGCUGUUUGAAAGAACGAUAGCGGAGUAUGAGGAGGAACUGUGUCGCUCCAAAGAGGAGAACCAGAGGAACCAGGACACUCCACAGACUCCACGGAUUAAAGAGGAGCCAGAGGAGCAGAGCGUCAAACAGGAGGAAGACACGCUCCCAGCACAGCUCCUAAUGGGCGUCCCAGAGUCCAGUGCUGUCUGUGUGAAGACAGAAGAGUCCUCACUGCUUCAACAUAGACAAACUGAGCACAGAGAGGAAACACAGGGAGAGGACAUCAGCACAGAGCCACAUUUACACUCAGAGACUGAGGGACACAUGGAGCACUCCUCUGACACUGACAAUGAUGAAGACUGGAGAGCUCCAUUCAGCUGUUCAGCUACACAGAUGGAGACAGAGGCUGAUGGAGACCACUGCAAACAAGUCCAGAAAGGCCAAACGCUGAGAGCUUUGGUGAAUGAGCGGCUGACUACGGCUGCUGAAGAGAUCUUUGCGCUGUUUGAAAGAACGAUAGUGGAGUAUGAGGAGGAACUGUGUCGCUCCAAAGAGGAGAACCAGAGGAACCAGGACACUCCACAGACUCCACGGAUUAAAGAGGAGCCAGAGGAGCAGAGCAUCAAACAGGAGGAAGACACGCUCCCAGCACAGCUCCCAGUGGGCAUCCCAGAGUCCAGUGCUGUCUGUGUGAAGACAGAAGAGUCCUCACUGCUUCAACAUAGACAAACUGAGCACAGAGAGGAAAUACAGGGAGAGGACAUCAGCACAGAGCCACAUUUACACUCAGAGACUGAGGGACACAUGGAGCACUCCUCUGACACUGACAAUGAUGAAGACUGGAGAGCUCCAUUCAGCUGUUCACCUUCACAGAUGGAGACAGACACUGAUGGAGACCACUGCAACCAAGUCCAGAUCGGAGCCGGAAGCACUGCUGCACCAAACUCAGGCCUAUCCUCCAAAUACAAGUCUGCACCAGAGACCAGUGCCACUGUGAACUAUGGAGACAUGUCAGGAACAGCCCAAGGAGCUGACAAGAAGAAACAUCAGUGCUCUGUGUGUAUGAAGAGGUUUGUACAUAAGCAGAAUUUACGAAGACACAUUAGAGUUCACACAGGAGAGAGACCAUUCAGCUGUUUAAUAUGUGAGAAAACAUUUACUACAAAGGCCAGUCGAGAUGUACAUGUAAAGGUACACACCGGUGAGCGACCUUACAGCUGUUCAACAUGUCAGAAGGCAUUUGCCAUAAAGAGUAAUCUAGAGCAACAUAAGAAAACACACACUGGUAAGAGACCUUACAGUUGUUUAACCUGUGAGAAAACUUUUUCGCAUAAGGCCUAUCUACAUCGACAUAUAAGGAUACAUACAGGUGACCGACCUUUCGGCUGUUCAACAUGUCAGAAGACAUUUCCCAAAAAGGGUACACUAGAGCAACACAAGAGAACACACACUGGUGAGAGACCUUACAGUUGUUUAACCUGUGAAAAAACAUUUUCUCAUAAGGCCGCUCUGCGUCGACAUGUAAGAAUACACACAGGUGAAAGACCCUUCAGCUGUUCAACAUGUAAGAAGACAUUUGCCAUAAAGGGUACACUAGAGCAACAUGAGAGAACACACACUGGUGAAAGACCUUACAGCUGUUUAACCUGUAAGAAAGCAUUUACUCAAAAGUGUAGUCUAGAUGCACAUUUGAGAAUACACACUGGUGAGAGACCUUACAGUUGUUCCAUUUGUGAUAAAGGGUUUAAACUUAAACAACAUUUGAAUAAACACAUGAACACUCACAAAACAGAAAGUGACUGAAAAAUAAUUGAUUGUGUUCAUGAGAUGUUUUAACGAGAAUUCUGUGUUUGAGUCUGCUGCUUCAUUUUUAAUGAAAAUCCUGCCACAAUAAAAAGUUUUGUUUUUAUUAAAGUCAAAUUUGAACACC